ACAGACAUGUCGCACAAUAGCUGAAGUAAAACCUGUCAUCGUGGCUCAUCACUUGAGCCUCCGGGAAAACGCCGCCGGUGGGAUCUGAAUUGCACGGCCUCGCCUCCGUCGCUCCGCCGGCAUCGGACCCUACGUUUGAAGCCGCCUGGAUAUGAAUUAUGAGCAUUUUCCUCACUAAUGAACUGGGCCAGUAAUGCAGGAGACCACGGCGACUCUCUCAUCAGUGUUUCAAGAUGGCAGAUUUUUAUUGAGUUUUGAACAGAAAUCUCGCUUUAUUUUUUGCCAUGUAUAACAGAAAUCCUUGCACCGAUGGCCCCUGUAUACGAAGGUAUGGCCUCGCAAGUGCAAGUGUUCUCCCCUCACACUCUCCAGUCAAGUGCCUUCUUUAGCGUGAAGAAACUGAAGGUGGAGCAGAGUUGUAACUGGGAUAUGACAGGGUACGGCACGCACAGCAAAGUCUACAGCCACCACAGCAGCAAGAACGUGUCGACCGCCAGUGGCCCCCUAGGCAUCAACAGCUCCCUGCAGGUCGCCAGCUCCACCCUGCCCUACGAGCAGGCGCUCAUCUUCCCAGCCAGCGCGGGCCACAUUGUGGUCACCUCAGCAAGCAGCACUUCGGGGGCCGUGGGGUCUCUGCUGGGCAGCGGGGGUGGAGGCAGCAGCAGCAACAGCAGUGGUGGUGGAGGUGGCGGCGGCAGUGGUGUGGGUGGCGGGGUUGGUGUUCACAACCUGACACGCCGCAGCACGGUCAGUCUCCUAGAUACCUACCAGCGAUGCGGGCUUAAACGCAAGAGUGAGGAGCUUGAUAACAACAGCAGUGUGCAGAUCAUUGAGGAGCACGGUCCACCGAUGAUCCAGAACGGAGCAGCCAGUGGAGCCACGGUGGCUACAGUGGCCACUGCCACCUCCACGGCAACAUCGAAGAACAGUGGCUCCAAUAAUGAGGGGGACUACCAGCUUGUGCAACAUGAGGUGCUCUGCUCCAUGACCAACACCUACGAAGUGCUGGAAUUCUUGGGACGAGGAACCUUUGGACAGGUAGUUAAGUGCUGGAAGAGGGGCACCAACGAGAUUGUGGCGAUCAAGAUCUUAAAAAACCACCCGUCUUAUGCACGGCAGGGUCAAAUUGAAGUCAGCAUCCUGGCACGUCUUAGCACGGAGAGUGCAGAUGACUACAACUUUGUGAGGGCAUACGAGUGCUUCCAGCACAAGAACCACACGUGCCUGGUAUUUGAGAUGCUGGAGCAGAACCUGUACGACUUCCUUAAGCAGAACAAGUUCAGCCCUUUGCCGCUCAAAUACAUCAGACCCGUGCUACAGCAGGUGGCCACAGCGCUAAUGAAACUGAAGAGCCUGGGGCUGAUCCACGCUGACCUGAAGCCAGAGAACAUCAUGCUUGUGGACCCGUCUCGACAGCCCUACAGGGUCAAAGUCAUUGACUUUGGCUCAGCCAGCCAUGUGUCCAAAGCAGUGUGCUCUACCUAUCUUCAGUCCAGAUACUACAGGGCUCCAGAGAUCAUCCUGGGCCUGCCAUUCUGCGAGGCCAUAGACAUGUGGUCCCUGGGCUGUGUGAUAGCUGAGCUCUUUCUGGGAUGGCCCCUCUACCCCGGAGCCUCAGAGUACGAUCAGAUCCGGUACAUCUCACAGACGCAGGGUCUGCCUGCAGAGUAUCUGUUGAGUGCAGGGACAAAGACCACCAGGUUCUUCAACAGAGACCCCGACUCCACCUAUCCUCUCUGGAGACUUAAGACUCCAGAGGACCACGAGGGUGAAACGGGGAUCAAGUCCAAGGAGGCUCGCAAGUACAUCUUCAACUGUCUGGAUGAUAUGGCGCAGGUGAACAUGACAUCAGAUCUGGAGGGGAGCGACAUGCUGGCAGAAAAGGCUGACAGGAGGGAGUUCAUCGACUUGUUAACCAAGAUGCUGACCAUCGAUGCAGACAAGAGGAUCACCCCCAUCGAAACACUCAACCACCCCUUUGUUACUAUGUCACAUCUCCUUGAUUUCCCACACAGCACACAUGUGAAGUCAUGCUUCCAAAACAUGGAGAUCUGUAAGCGUCGUGUCAACAUGUACGACACAGUCAACCAGAGCAAGACGCCCUUUAUCACCCAUGUGGCCCCAAGCACCUCCACCAACCUCACCAUGACCUUCAACAACCAGCUGAACACUGUGCACAGCCAGGCCACCAACCUGGCUCCCUCCUCCACCAACAAUGCCACCCUUUCCUUUGCAAGUCCUGAUGUCUCCAUACUAAACUACCAAUCUGCACUCUACCAGCCCUCAGCUGCCUCCAUGGCAGCCGUGGCCCAGAGGAGCAUGCCCCUGCAGCCGGGGGCUCCUCAGCUCUGCGCAGCCCGCCCCGACCCCUUCCAGCAAGCGCUCAUCGUCUGCCCACCUGGCUUCCAAGGGCUGCAGGCAUCCCCUUCCAAGCACACAAGUUACUCUGUGCGGAUGGAAAAUGCUGUUCCCAUAGUGACGCAGGCCCCUGGUGCCCAGCCUCUGCAGAUCCAACCUGGCCUGCUUACACAGCAGGCCUGGCCCAGCGGCACCCAGCAGAUCCUGCUGCCUCCAGCCUGGCAGCAGCUCACCCACACCUCAGUCCAGCACGCCACUGUCAUCCCUGACUCCAUGAGCAGCACACAGCCUCUCGCCAACUGGAGGAAUUCCCACCCUCAUGGCAGCCAUUAUAAUCCCAUCAUGCAGCAGCCAGCCUUGUUAGCUGGCCACGUCACACUCCCAUCCAACCAGACGCUCAAUGUGGGAGUGGCACAUGUUAUGAGGCAGCACUCAACCAAUAACAGCUCCUCUUCCAAAAAGAGCAAACAGCACCAGAUGUCUGCCAGGAACAUGUCAGCCUACGAGGUGUCAUCCUCCCAGGCGGUGCUGUCCCCGCAGCGCUCCAAGAGGGUGAAGGAGAACACGCCCCCGCGUUGCGCUGUGCUACAGAACAGCUCGGCCUCCAACUGUCCGCCCCCACAGCCGUGUGGGGGCAGCGGGUGGGGGACUAGCGAAGCUGAGCAGGCUUCCAGCACCACCCGCGACCUUCAGCACCAGCACCACGUCCCCAGACAGACCAUCAUCAUCCCUGAUACGCCCAGCCCUGCAGUCAGCAUCAUCACCAUCAGCAGCGACACAGAUGAGGAAGAUGACCACAAACAAAACAAUAGCUCAUCUUCAAAGCAGAGGAAGAAUGUCAUCAGUUGUGUGACGGUCCACGAUUCACCCGACUCUGACUGUUCAAGCAACAACAGCCCCUACACAGUAGAAUCCAGACCCCCCAACAACAACAGCUACGACACAAAGACCACUCUACUGGACAACUACAACAAUGGGAACCCCCGCACCAUCAUCAUCCCCCCUCUCAAAACCCAGAACAGCGAGGUCCCGAAUGAGUGUGAGCGCCUGAUGCCAGAUGCAGUGAACCAUCAGAAUUCAGCUUACAAGUUCAAAUCCUCCAAUGGAGUGGUGUCUGGCAAUAAUCACGUACCAGGGGGUGUGACUGGAGGCGGAUCCUACCGACAGCAGCGCUCAGGGCCACACCCCCUCCAGCAGCAGCCUCUCAAUCUCAGCCAGGCCCAGCAGCACAUGGUAGCGGAACGAAACGCAGGUCAUCGGCGUCAGCAGGCCUACAUCACCCCCACCAUCGCCACUCAGGCCCCGUACUCCUUCCAUCACAACAGCCCCUCUCACACAGGCAACGUCCACCCGCACUUGGCUGCCACACACCUUCCUAGCCAGCCCCACCUCUACACCUACACAGCCCCUGCUGCUCUGGGCUCCACCGGCACCGUGGCCCACCUGGUGGCGUCACAAGGCUCGGCACGCCACGCAGUCCAGCACGGAAGCUACCCACCAAGCAUCGUCCACCAGGUCCCCGUCAGCAUGGGCCACCGUGUGUUGCCCUCACCCACCCUGCACCACAGUCAGUACCAGGCCCAGUUUGCCCACCAGGCCUACAUCAGCGCCUCGCCCGCCUCCACUGUCUACACUGGAUACCCACUGAGCCCCACCAAGGUCAACCAGUACCCUUACCUCUAGAGAAGACACUGACUGACACUGGAGAGGCUGACCCGGCACUGCUGCUUCCUCCCCCAAACCCAACGGCCCUGAGCCCCGUCAACAUCCAAAACAUCCUCUCCUCAACCUCAGACAUAAACAGAGACAGAGGAACAUGCAAUCCUUAUGAAAACUGUCACGUAUAACUUGAAGAUAUAACGACAGAGAGAAAAAGAAAAAAAAAAAGAUUCAUAGCCUCUCUAGAAGGGAAAGAUGGGGGUUGAAUUUUGGAGGGGUACAGUUCAAGAUGUAUUCUUUCAGUUUUGUUUUUUUCUUCCUGAAAGGGCCAGUUUUUGCUUUUAUUUGUCUUAUCUUUGCUUUACUUUAUGAGGAAAGUAAUGUCUCUUUAGUUUCACAGGGAGGUUUGAAAGAGGCCUUUUGGGACAGAGGAUGUUUUCUGGUUUGUUUUCUUUUAUUUUCCCCUCUUAAAUUUGUGAAGCGACUGUUGAACAGGGGUUACUGACUGGAAGUUUGGAAUCCCAAGAGAUUUGGGAGAAGGUGAAAUACGGAAACCUGCUGCUCUUCAAAGAAAAAAAUAUUGAUGGCCUUGAACUGUCUUAAUAUUUCCAAAUCAUUCAUGGUGUGGGGAGAAAAGAGAGGCAACUUCCCCCACUCCACCUUCUCCAGUCGAGGAGGCUUCUGGAAAUAUAACCAACAGAAGACAACAAACUUUUUAGUGUAUUUAUAGAUAUUUUUCCUUUUUUUUCACCUUUAUGAUGAUACUUCAGUUUUAGCUAGGUGUCUUAGCUGGGCCCCGUUCUUAGAAUGUAGCAGUCUGCACCUGUUUGUUUUAAGAUUUUUUUUCUGAUACCAAUAGAUUUAUUUGUUUCUCUUUUUCAAUGUGAUUGCACAAAGUGGUUAUAAUAACAUAGGCAUGUACAACGUGAUUGUCUGUGUGUGCUACUGUCAGCCAUGCGUGUGUAGUCCACCUCCUCAAAACCCUCUUCAGUCUUUAGGUUUUGACCAUUGUUCCCUCGUAGUGCCUUACAGAUAUAACGACACAGUUUACUUGGCUUGGAUCCUGAAAGCCACAAGAGACUAUAACUAUACUUAGAGAGACACGUUUCCCUGGUUUGACAUCCUAGUCGGGGCAGUUCUAGCUCUCUUCCAGGUGUAGGCUCAGCCCUUGCUGUUUCAUGUCCCUAAUGACAGCUUACUAUAGAUGAUGAUGAAGAUUAAUGUCAGAGUUGGUAUCACGCUGAGCUAUUUUAUGAUGUGUGCAUGAGAUAACUUGCCUGGGGUACUUAACCAAAGUCACAGAUAAAUUCUUUGUUACAUUUGUUCUGGAUAUUAAUGUAAAUAUGAAAAUGUACAGUAUAGCUGUAGCUGUAAACCUCUAACACAGUGGCACCCAAAAUGUGGCUCCGGCUCUGAAUAUAUUUGUUUUUUUAAUCACACAAGGGAAUUCAUGCUACGUGAUUACAGCGCAGAGAUAUUAGCUCAGUUUUCAUGUGUAGGGAGUGAGUUACAGUACAAUGUUUGCGACACAGUAGAGCUUGUUUUUUUUGUUUUUGUUUGUUUUUUUAAGGUUAAAAGCUAGUCCGAAAGAAGGGCCUGACAGAAAGUGAUUGCUGCCAUGAGGGGGAUUCUGUGAGGCUAGAGACAGCCUGGCUGCAGGGAAGAGACAGAUUACUGAGGGUUGUUUGAGAGAGCUACUGUGUAGGCACGAGUGAGGGGGCUGGUUGAAAGCAUAGGGUCAGUUUAGGUAGGGACUGUGAAGGGCAGGGUGAAACUCUCUAUCUUAAAUGGGACUAAAAUGAUAGUAAGUUGGCACUGAGCAGGUUGAUAGUAACACUGAGCCCGGGUGGUUGGUAGGAGCCGAAGGGGCACUACCUUUCCUGAAUGCACAUCUAGAAUUCUGACAUGGAUACUUUUGUUUUUUGUUUUUUUCUUUUUUUUUUCUUUUCGUUUUUUUUUUUUUGCUGUUGCUGUUUGUUUCUCCAGCAAAGAUAAUUGGAAGUUAUUUGUUGCGUUUGAGGUUUGGGUAGCAUCGCGGAGCUGCAAGAAAAGAGCAGAAGGGAAAUUCCACAGCAUACACCUGGAAGGGACCUUUGUGGACGAUUUGUUGCCACUGUCCAUUUGUCUUCGAAUCAGAUACACCACAGACAUCGCCACGCCAGCCAGAUGUGAUACCUGAACACUUAGAGAACCAAUAGGGCUGUCGCUUUGUGUGUUUGCUGCUUGAUUUAACAGAUUUCAUUUACUCUUGUAGCCAAUGAUACAAAUAAUCUCCUCUGUUCAUUUGUCCUCUUGAAUGUGGGCACAUCAGAACUGCUGGUGGUUUUAGUGAAAGCCUUCCCCUCUCCUUCUUGGUAUGCCAUAGUACUUGCAUCUGAGGUGUUUUUGUUUUAACUUAACAUUAUCUUGAACUUUUUGACAUGGCUGUAGUACAUGUUGUGUUUAUUUUUAGAGAUUGUUGCAAUAAUUCUUGUGGAUGUUUUAUCAGAGUGCGUGCGUGUGUGUGUGUGUGUGUGUGUGUGUGUUUUAUUAUAUGUCAGGCUCAUUUCUCUUUUGUAACCUGGGGGUUGAUGUAAAGUAAUAUUUAGUAUUCCGUGAAGGUGGGUGCACCUGUGUAAAGUGUUGCAACACUGCUGUUGAUAGUAAGUGUUGAGUUGUUCCAAUGGGGCUCUUAUAGAGACGUACUUGGCUUGAGGGUGCCACACCCCAGAGUGGUCCUUCAUCCUGGUACUUCUUUCCCCAAAAACUCUCCACUCCCCGUCAGCUCCAGCAUGCAAGCCUUGGGUCCGGGCACUUAAAGAUGUGAUUACAUAGUACGUUGCUGGUUACAUCAUUCUUCUCUGUUCCAUUGUUGUCUUUUUAUUUGAUAUGAUUUACUUAAUUUCCUAUAGGUCAUCGGGGCCUAAGCACACACGCAUAAGGGAGAUGAUUUUCCAUUGAAAACUUUUGGCUCCUCUGUUCUGAAACGGACUACUGAAACAUUCCACUGUUUGAGGGAAUUUGGUGUUACCCAUGCUACACUGCUGUCCUGUCCCCACUCUUGUCAGCACGGGGAUAGUGUUGUCACGCUCUGACUUUUUCACUCCUCCCACCAAAGAAUUAAACAGAUUGACCAUGUACAGCACAGCACAGUACAGUACAAGCAAUCCUCUACAGCGUUGCUUGAGCAGAUAGGCAAUAACUUCUGGUCAUGUUGUUUUACCCCCAAGCAAGUGCAUGUGUGUCUAAGAUGUGCAAGUACACAGGGAGGAUUUAACAUACUUAAUGCAUACAGCACAGUCUUUACUUUGUUUAGAAUCUAGAAACUCAACUAUGAGAAGCACUGCAGUCUGUUUUACUUUCAUUGCUCCUCACACUUGGCCCCUGUCUAGACUGAAUGAUCAAUAAUUACCUAACCUUCUCCAAAUUGUUUUAUAAGCCAGUUAUUUUUUACGUUGUUCAUGUUGUAGCUUUAUUGGUGUUGUAAGAAGAGGAAUUUGUAAAAAAAAAAAAAAGAAAAAGAAAAAAAAAA